AGAGGGCCUGGGACUCUGGUUUUCCCUCACUGUAAAACCGAGUAGGCUGAGUCCCAACGGAUAAGAUUAGGAAACCAUUAGAAAGGGAAGAGAAGAAGGCAAUGGCGUCUACAGCGGCCGCUCUGUCUUGGAGUUCUUCUACAUGGCUUCAAACUUCGGUCAAUAACUUUAACCAACCCAGGAAAUUCUCCGACAAUAGAAUGGUCUUUGUGGUUGUGGCUCAAAAGAAAGCUAAGAAACUUCGAAAGAUAAUCCUGAAGGAGGAUGUAGCAGAGCUGGGAAAGAAAGGGCAACUACUUGAUGUGAAGGCGGGAUAUUACAGAAAUUAUCUCCAACCCAUGGGCAUGGCCCAGAUUGUCACUCCACUUCUUCUCAAGGAAAUGCGAAUGGAAGAGGAGAGAAUUGAGGCAGAGAAAAAACGGGUAAAAGAAGAGGCCCAACAAAUGGCUCUAAUGUUUGAAACUGUUGGAGCUUUCAAGGUGAAACGCAAAGGUGGAAAAGGAAAGCAAAUCUUUGGAAGUGUUACUGCUCAAGAUCUUACUGACAUAAUUAAGGCCCAGCUACAGAGGGAUGUGGACAAGCGAAUUGUCUCUCUUCCAGAGAUUCGGGAAACAGGGGAAUACGUUGCAGAAUUGAAGCUUCAUCCAGAAGUUACUGCUCGAGUGCGGUUGAAUGUGUAUGCCAAUUAAAGAUCAGCAGCUUUUGGGACCCUGUUCUGUGUUAAAAAUUUGUUCAACCGGCUUGCUUCAUUUAAGGUGGGAUGCUGUCAAAGCAAAACAAAAUUUGGACAUGCUCAUUGGAGGGAACAAGAUGUAUAAUUUUUGAAGUGGUAAGACACAUAGUAUCAUAUUUGGCCUCUGCUAUUGUGCUGUGGUUUUAUUGCUAGGAAUAGUCAUCUCCUGCUUAAUGUACCAUGCUCUUUAGAAUAUUCUUUUAGUGCUGCCAUAUAUUGCAAAACCUUUUGGGGAAUCCAA